UGCACGGCCUCACACCGACAGAGGAGCUGGCUUGCGGCUGCACGAGUCCGCAUCUGGAGAAGAUAGGAAGCCCAUUUUGGCAUCUGGAUAACUGGCUGUCUCUGUUUGCCUCCCGGUUUAAGGGCGAGUAGAUCUAACCCGGACUCAGGUGAUGACUCACCUCUGGAUUCUCCUCUCAGCCCUGCUGCUGGUUUUGACUGUGGCCGAACCUCUGAACAGCCUGGAGGAAAAUGAGAAUCAGGUGACCGAGAAUGCCAUCGGGAAUCUCAGUGAAUCUACACUGAACCACACACCUACCACAUCAGCUCCCUUGACUACCACAGUUUCCCUGAGCUCCAGUCCUGCUCCUCGGUGUCCAGGUGACCAUGGGAUACUGGAGAACAGCACAGGCUGUGGCUGUCCAUCUGGCAUGGUGAAGGAUGGUGACAACUGUACCUGCCCAGUGGGCUUUACUCUGGAGGGAGCUGCAGGGUGCAAAGAUGUUGAUGAGUGUGAAGGACAGGGGCCAGGACGAUGUGGUCUCCAUGCCAGCUGCAGUAAUACCCCCGGCUCUUACUUGUGUAGCUGUCUCCGUGGUUACCUGAUGGGUGCUGGAGGGUGCCAGGAUUUAGAUGAGUGUGCUCUGGCUGCAGUGACGGGCCUGCAGGCCUGUCAGGGUGAUGCUGAAUGCAGAAACACCCCUGGCUCCUUCACCUGCUCGUGUCCUUUGGGAUAUGUAAUGGCUCUAAAUGGACAAAGCUGUGUAGAUGUGGAUGAGUGCAGCUUUGAGGAGCAGUGUCGCCGUGAGCUGGGAAACGUGUGUGUGAACACUCCUGGAAGCUUUGUGUGCCAGUGCCAGCCAGGCUUCAGAGCAGAGGCCCUCGCCUGUGUUGGUCCUGUGUGUCCAGACUACACCGUAUGUCAAGAUGUGGAUGAAUGUGCGGAGAGUCCUGCGGUGUGUGAUGGUCAGGGUGUGUGUGAGAACACGCUUGGGAGCUACAAGUGUAUUUGUCGACCAGGUUACCGGGGAAACGGCACACACUGCGAAGAUGAGAAUGAGUGUGCUUCAGGUGGUCACGGGUGUGACACCAACGCUCGUUGUGGCAACAUCAUUGGCUCUUAUUUCUGCCAGUGCUACCAGGGCUUCAAUGGAGAUGGACACUCUUGUUUUGACAUUGAUGAGUGUGCUGUGAACAAAGGCCACUGUGAACACAACUGCUCCAAUGAACUGGGAGGGUACAGCUGCCAGUGUGCCUCAGGCUACCAGCUGGACAAAGAUGGACACAACUGCACAGAUGUGGAUGAGUGUUUGGCACUGAAUGGGACCUGUGAGCACAUUUGCGUGAACACUCAGGGAUCUUUCCGGUGCUCCUGCAGGCCCGGCUACCAGCUGCACAUUGAUGUCCACACCUGUGUUGACAUUGAUGAAUGUAAACUCCAGAAUGGUGGCUGCUCUCACACCUGCAGCAACUCUCCAGGAGGACACACUUGCCACUGCCCUCCUCCUCUGCUGCUCGACACAGACAACCUCAGCUGCAGCAAUGUUACAUCUUGCAAGCUGAGAAAUGGUGGGUGCGAUCACAUAUGUACUGUGAGGGCUGAGGGCCAGGUCCAGUGUAGCUGUCGAGCAGGCUGGAAGUUGGACAAGGACCUGAGGAGCUGCGUGGAUGUGAAUGAGUGCGGGGACUUCACAAACGGAGGCUGUGAGCAGCUCUGCGUGAACCAUCCUGGUGGGUUUAAGUGCACCUGUGGGGAAGGUUAUAAAGUACGAACCGAUGACCUCACCAAGUGCCAGCCUGUGUGUGACCCUCCUUGUCAGAACUAUGGAGUAUGUGUGGCCCCAAACAGCUGUGACUGCCCUCCAGGCUAUCCUGGACUAGGCUGCUCAGCCAUGUGCUCCCCGCCCUGUGCUCACGGAGGUAGCUGUAUGCGCUGGAACAAGUGUCUGUGUCCUCCUGGCUGGACCGGAGCGGGCUGUCACACAGCGGUGUGUGAGUUGCCCUGUGCUAACGGUGGUCGCUGUGUAGGGCCUGAUACCUGCCAGUGCCCCUCUGACUACACAGGUCCCCAAUGCCUCUUGCCCCUGUGCACUCCUGCCUGUCAAAACGGGGGAAGAUGUGCGGAUGUCAACAAAUGCACAUGUGUUGGUGGAUGGCAAGGAGCUCGUUGCCAGAUAGAGCCUGUUCAGUGUUACAUACCUUGCAAGAGUGGUGGAGUGUGUGUGGGCCUCAACAGGUGCCGCUGUGCCAAAGGAUUUACUGGAAGUCUUUGUGAAACGGCGGUCACCACCCCCUGUGUACCGCCCUGCCAACACGGGGCUGCCUGCGGUCCUCACAACACCUGUAUCUGUCCAGAGGGCACUGCAGGCCUGCGCUGUGAGAGACUGACGUGCCCUGUGGUCACCACGGUGGUCAGUAUGGCUCGAGCCGUAAGGAAGGCAUUCAGGGAGAGUUAUGUGGACCGUUGUGGAGCCCUGGGAGUUCAACUUUGCACUAAAUACAGGAUGAACCAGGCACGUGUGUACCUGCAGGCCUACAGGGUGGGCUACAAAAUCCAGUGUCCAGAGAAGAAGGGCAGAUGAGUUCCUUUUACGAAGCAACACAUAGGAACUGUAAUGUGACGAGCUAUAAACCUCAAAAUUUAAUGUAACUCAGUGAGUGUUGUGGCUUCUCCGAGGGCAGUUUCACCCUUAAAUCAAGCCUCUCUGUUGAAAUAGAUAUAAAGGGGACAUGACUGUAUUAUAAAGGCUGUUUAUUUGAUCAGUGAUGUAUGUUGACAAUUAUCUUUAAAUCAGUUUGUUUUAUAUACAAUCAUAUUUUACAUUCCACAAGAAAUAUUCCUCAGCAUAUGAAAUGUACAAUGGUUUCAUUAUUUUUCAUGUUUGUAUGUGGCAGCUAAAGUUUAUUAAAUGUUACAUUUUUUUUG